AUGGUUAAAAUAGGUGGAGAAGGUAUUGGGGUGCAGUUUGACGAAACUGCUAUCUGUAAUGGGGAGUUAAUACCUAAUCCAUCUAGUACCCUAGACAACAAACCCAACGUACAAUGGUUUGUGGGUGGUGUAGAAGAGGGAAGUUGUAAGAACUUUGUUCUAAAGCUUGUUUCUAACAUAAAGGUUCCGACUAUAUUAGAUAUGUUCGAAAAACAUGUUGUAUUUGGAUCUAUCAUUGUUACCGAUGGUUAUCCAUCUUACCCCGGGGUUGUUACCUUAUUUGGAUCUUUCCUCGAGUGGUAA